AUGGAGGACAUCACAGCGGUCUUACCGCACAGCAAGAAGGAGCCAAAGGUGGACUUAGCACUGCUAGUGGUGCCUUCCCACGCAUGGAAUGGUCAUGUGCCCCUCUCUCACUCUUUAUCGUUUUCCUGCCUGCUUUCUUCUCCCAGGUACCGCCAUCUAAUGGAGGACAUCACGGCGCUGUUGCCGCACAGCAAGAAGGAGCCCAAGGUGGACGUGGCUCGCGGCCGUCAGCUCAACGAGGCUCUUUCUGAGCUCAUGGACUUACGGGGCUGCUCCCUGUGCCUCUUCUUCGAGUCCCUGCCCCGUGCCUUAUACGCACAAGCGCAAGACCUGCAGCUCUGUCUGUGCCACUGCCAGCCAUCUGUGUUCAUGCCCCUGCCGCCCAUACACUGGUGGUGCCAGCCAUCUCUCUCCUUCCAUCUCUCUCCUUCCAUCUCUCUCCUUCCAUCUCUCUCCUUCCAUCUCUCUCCUUCCAUCUCUGUUUCCCUCUCACUGCCAGAUGCGCAAGCAGAGAGACCUAUACCUGUGGCUAAGCAAGGGGCCCUCGGGUCCUUCCGUGAAGUUUCUCGUCAGUGCAGGUAUGCUCGCUCGUCGUACCCGUGGGUGUGUUGUUCGAAUGUGCAUGCUUGA